CCCACCCGCCCGACGCAGAGGUUCCGGCGGUGCCCGCCCCAACCCUUCAGUGUCGCCGGCGCCGCCGCCAUUCGCGCCGCGGGGCUGCCCCGCGGGGGGCGGGGGACAAAACCACCUCUGGCAAGAGGGAAAAGCAUCCACAGAGCGAUUUCCCAGCUGUAGGAACCAUGGAAAAUCCGAAUUAUCCCAACACUCCUCAUUCCCCCUCAAUUCCCCCCUCAUUUUCCACAGCUCCGAUCCCAUUUUGAGCAGAUUUGGGGGUUUUUUUUUUGGGAUAACACCUGCUCCAAACUUUCUUGGCUCAGCCAGGAAAUUUUUCCCCCCCAGCCUGCAUGGACAGAGCAACCUUUGCCUGUUCCACCGCUUUUUAUCGGGAUUUCGGGAAUUCUCCUGCGGGUGCCCUUCCCGGGGGCCACGUGGAUUUCAUAGACAGAGCCGAUUCCUUCUCGUAUUCCGAUUUUUUCCGGGAUUAUCUCAUUCCCAACCAUCCCUGCAUCUUCUCGGCCAAGUUCACCGAGGAGUGGAGCAGCAGGAGAACGUGGGUGACGCGGGAUGGGAAACCCAACUUCGAGCACCUCCUGCGGGAGUUCGGAGAAGCCGUGGUGCCCGUGGCCAAGUGCGACGUCAAGGAAUACAAUUCCAACCCCAAGGAGCAGCUGCCCUUCAAGGAAUUCGUGGAAUAUUGGCGGGAAUACAUUGGGAACGGCUACCGCUCCUCCCGGGGCUGCCUCUACCUCAAGGACUGGCACCUGAGCAGGGCUUUCCCGGAGCAGGAUGUUUACACCACUCCCGUGUAUUUUUCCUCGGACUGGCUCAACGAAUACUGGGAUGCCGUGGCCGUGGAUGAUUUCCGCUUCGUCUACAUGGGUCCCAAGGGAUCCUGGACGCCGUUCCACGCCGACGUCUUCCGCUCCUACAGCUGGUCCGCCAACGUCUGCGGCCGCAAGCGGUGGCUCCUGUAUCCCGCGGGCCAGGAGGAAUUCCUGCGGGAUCGCCACGGGAACCUCCCCUUCGACGUGACGGCUCCGGAACUGCGGGACGAGCGGAUUUACCCGCGCUUCCGCCGGAGCCAGGCGCCGCUGGAAAUCCUGCAGGAAGCCGGGGAGAUCGUCUUCAUUCCCAGCGGAUGGCACCACCAGGUUCACAACCUGGAAGACACCAUCUCCAUCAACCACAACUGGGUCAACGGCUGCAACGUGGCCGUCAUGUGGUGCUUCCUGCAGGACGAGCUGGCGGCCGUGCAGAGGGAACUCAGCCAAUGGAAAGAUCCCAUGGACGACCGGCACCUCCAAUGCCAGCUGAUCAUGAAAUCCUGCACGGGCAUUGACUACAAGGAAUUCUACAACUUCCUGAAGGUCAUCGCGGAAAACCGAAUCUCCAUCUUGGAGAAGGGCCUGGACGAGGAAUCCUCGGCCCGGAACAAUUCCAAAGCCGCCAUCUCCACCUUGGGAAUGCUGCACGCCGUCUUCGACCUCAAGAGGACAGCCAAGGUGCUGAGCUCGUUAAGCGCUAACGAGGAUUUCCGGAAGCUCGACCUGACUUCGCUCUCUCCUCCUCCGGAGGUUCUGCUCCAGCACCUGGAAUCGGCCAUCGACACGGCCCUGCUCUGAAUUCCCGCCUUUCCGAGCGUUUUUCCAAAGGGGUCGGAGGAAACGGACUUGGACGACAGCGGGAGAAUGGAAGGAGGAAGAACAUUUGGGAAGGAGGGAGAACAUUCCCAAAAUUCUGAGAGCUUUGGAGGAAAAACCAUCCCAGCUAAAGGAAAAUCCCAAAGUUUUUCAGGAUUACGAGCAGGAACUCAGGGAAAAAUUCCCUACGGAUCAAGUCUGGAAGUGGAGUGAAGCCAAUUCCCUGUGCUUAAGCUCGGCUUUGAUAAAACCUCUCCUACUUCCAGCUGCAGCUCAGACUUUCCAUCCUAAUUUAGGGAAUUCUGUGGAAGCCUGAGCUGGAGCCAGCACCUGGAAUUGGCCAUAGACACGGCCCUGCUCGGAAUUCCCUCUUUUCCAAGAUUUUUUCCAAAGGGUUUCGAAGAAACGGACUUGGACAAGAGCUUUACUCCAGCGGGAGAAGGUAGAAUGGAAGGAGGAAGAAUGGAAGGAGAGAGAACAUUUGGGAAAGAGGGAGAACAUUCCCAAAAUUCUGAGUGGCUUGGAGGAAUUAGAGAAAAAAACAUCCCAGCUAAAGGAAAAUCCCAAAGUUUUUCAGGAUUACAAGCAGGAACUCAGGGAAUAAUUCCCUACGGAUCAAGUCUGGAAGUGGAGUGAAGCCAAUUCCCUGUGCUUAAGCUCGGCUUUGAUAAAACCUCUCCUAUUACAAGGUGUAGCUCAGCUUUUUUAAGGAAUUCCAUGGAGCCAGCACCUGGAAUCUGCCAUAGACACAGCCCUGUUUGAAAUUCCCACUUUUCCAAGGUUUUUUUCCAAAGUAUUUGGAAGAAAUGGACUUGGACAGGAGCUUUACUCCAGCAGGUGAAGGAAGAACAUUCCCAAAAUUCCGAGUGCUUUGGAAGAAUUAGGGAAAAAAAAUCCCAGCUAAAGGAAAAUCCCAAAUUUUUUCAGGACUAUGAGCAGAAACUCAGGGAAAAAUUCCCUACGGAUGAAGUCUGGAAGUGGAGUGAAGCCAAUUCCCUGUGCUUAAGCUCGGCUUUGUUAAAACCUCUCCUACUUCCAGCUGCAGCUCAGCUUUUCCAGCCUUUUUUUAGGGAAUUCCAUGGAAUUCCAUGGAAGCCUGAGAUCUGGGAACGUUGGUUCCGUGUCUUCCAAAGCUGAGCAGCUCAGGAUUCCAUUCAACUCCAAGCCAAACCCACCUUUCCUCAUCCCGAAAACAAACAAAAAGCAGGAAUGGGAAUGUGCUCCCACAAUUCCACGCUCUAUCCCAACAUUCCCUGCAGGAAAAAACGGGAUCCAGCACUUCCAGCACGGUUCCACAGCACAAUUCCCACCCGGAAUAUCCCCGCUUUUCCCUGGAAAAAACCAAAACACCUGGAAGCACAAAAUGGCUGCGCACUGUUACCUUCAAAGGCCUCGCUUGGAUUCUUCCCAAAAUAAAAACUUGGAAUUUUCGGGGAGUUUGAGGAAAUCAACCUGAAAAUCCACCUCGUUUUCCAGAGAAUUCCUUGGAAUUUUUAUCCCCCCCCCUGCACUUUGCAUGUGCUUUUCCUGUAGGAAAUUCCCAUUUUUUUCUUCAUUCACCAAAAAAAUAUCGAGGAUCCGCUUUUCCCUGAUUUAGAAAAUUCCCAGAUUCCUGAAAACACAAAAAAAAAUGGAAUAAAGAGCACGUGGAGCCUGGAAUUUCUUCAAAAUUCCCCGAGUUUUAUUGAAAUAAAAAUUCCUGGCAAAC